AUGGACGGCGCAGCGGCCGGAGCGCCGGGUCCCCCGCCGGGAGACGGGCAGGGCGCGGGGGAGGCCGCCCCCCAGAAGCCCCCUUACUCCUACGUGGCGCUGAUCGCCAUGGCCAUCCGGGCGAGCCCGGAGCAGCGGCUGCCGCUGAGCGGCAUCUACCGGUACAUCGUGGGGCGCUUCCCCUACUACCGGCUGGGCCAGAAGGGCUGGCAGAACAGCAUCCGCCACAACCUCAGCCUCAACGCCUGCUUCCUCAAGGUGCCCCGGGAGCGCGGCGCCGAGCGCAAGGGCAGCUACUGGACCCUGGACCCGGCCUUCCACGACAUGUUCCAGCCGGGCAACUACCGGCGCCGCCGGCGGGUCAAGAGACCCCCGCGGGCCCCCCUGGGCGGGCCCGGCCCGGAGCCGCCCUACUACCUGCCCCACCAGAGCCCCCCGGCCGCCUACCUGGUGGGCAGCGCCUGGGCACCCCCGGGGCAAGCCCCGCCGAGCUGCCCCCAGUGCACGGUGCAGCUGAGCGGCUACGGCCCCUACCCGCGGCUGCUGCUGCCCGGAGGGGGGGCGUAUCAGCAGCUCAGCCCUGCGACGGGGGGGGCCGGCUGUGCCUACCAGCCGCCCCCGGAGCUGCCCUUCAUGCGUUACUGGGGGGAGCAGGAGAGACCCUACGGCGCCUUGCCCGCCGGCAUAGACCUGCGGUUCCUUGGCAGUCGGACAGGAGAGGGCAGUGGGGCUCCCCUCCUCCCUGCUCCUACUCUGAGCGUUGGGGGGAGCCCAGGCUGCGUUUGGCUUGAUAACGGGGAGCCCUCCCUUGUUAGCGCAAUAACUGAAGAGGUGUCGCAGGCAGGCGAGAUGUGACGCGCGCUCCCAUCGUUGAGAGGUUUCGGGGGAGCCUCGCUGGAGGAAGGGGGUGCGAAUUCGCUUGAAAGGGGAACAGCGAUUCUGAAAAGAGGAGCCACAGCGGAAUGGACUUUGGAAGCGAGCCUGUACUUCCCCUGCUUCGAAAAGGGGGAGGAACUGGGAUAGUACCACAUUAUCAAUGUAAACACAAAUCUUAAAACUUCGAAGUUCAAACGGAUACAGCGAGGGGUGAGUUUCACUCGAAAUAUCAGAGGCUCCGGAGAUUCACCCUGCAGCUCUAACUCUCCAAACUGAUUCUUCUCCGGGCAGAGGGUCCUCGAGGACAUUAUUUGUUCUGCAAAACUAGACCCCAAUAUUAUAGAAAUUCCCUGUCUGCAAAGUAUUUGAAAUAACUGUUUAAUUUGGGGUCAAAACUUUCUUGUUCCAAGGAAAGAAUGAAGCGUUUCAGACGUUCCCUGUUACAUAGUUAUUGUAGAAGCUGUAAUGUGUUUAUUUGAGUUAGAAUAGUGUUAACGUUUUCAGAGACGUUUAUUUGCGAAAGCCGCUUUAAAAUAUGCAGUUACUGAAGAAACAUCAAGGACAAUAGAUUUGAAAACGGUUGGUUGGUACAUCUGUUAGGAAUUAAAAAGCCGUCUCUAUUCCUUUGGAUGAUUGAAGUGUUUUAAAGUAUCCUUGUCUUGUUCAUUCUUUCCGGUGGCUCCUGAGAAACGUGAAUUCUCCACUGCAUAACUGUUGUUUCUUUUACUGUGUUAAAUUCUCUGGUACUAGUGAAACUGAAAAUGCCUGACCUUGGGCUGUUAAGUGUAAGUAAGAGAAGUUGAUCUGCUGAUAUUCCGUUUUUAAGUCAAGUCUGAGAAAUUGUUUUGGGAACUGAAAGCAAUGUGCCAUCAUUUUAAAAAGUGAAAUGUACUUACUUUCUGGAAAAGACUUUUUGCAAAUGUCCUUCAAAACUUGAUUUCUGAACUUUUUUGUAAGCACUAUGUAAAGGAAUAACUUUAUUUUUUUAAAAAGAUGUUAAAUACCAAAGACUUUUGGGGUAGAUGUUGUUGUGAUCCUUAUGUUGUUAUAUUUAAAGAGAAACUAUUUUGGUUGAAGUGAAGUCAGAUGACAUUUUAUAUACUGUUCCUUGUUAGUAUAAUUAUUGUGAACAGGGUAAUAUAAUGGCAAUGCAACAGUCCUUUUGUCAUUUAAAUUUCAGGGGUGGCUUCAGCUCUUUUCCUGCCCAGAAAAGAUUCUAAACACAAAUAGUAUUUCUAAUCGAAAUCACAGAUUGGUUUGUUAUAGAAACGAAUGGUUGAGAUACUAUCAGUGUGCAUUCCAGCAUUUUCUGGUGUGUUACAUUUUGAGACUUGUUUAAAUAAAUAUUUGUUACU